AUGGCCGUCGUUGAGGAGCCAUUGUAUCCUAUCGCCAUUCUGAUAGACGAGCUAAAGAAUGACGAUAUCCAGCUUCGACUGAACUCAAUCAGACGCCUUAGCACCAUCGCACGAGCACUUGGCGAGGACCGAACACGGAAGGAGCUUAUCCCCUUUCUGAACGAGAACAAUGACGAUGAUGAUGAAGUUCUACUUGCCAUGGCAGAAGAGCUUGGUUCGUUCAUUCCGUACGUGGGUGGUGUCGAUUACGCUCCCGUGCUCCUUCCUCCGUUAGAGACAUUAUGCACGGUUGAAGAGACUGUUGUCCGGGAUAAGGCCGUUGAGUCCUUGUGCAAGAUCGGACAACAGAUGAAGCCCCGAGACAUUGUCGAGUUCUUCGUUCCACUUGUUCAGAGGCUUGGAGCGGGGGAAUGGUUCACAGCUCGCGUGUCUGCUUGUGGGCUGUUCCAUAUCGCUUAUCCCAGCGCGACCGAGCAGCAAAGAGCAGAUCUUCGAACUCUUUACGGACAGCUUAGUCAUGACGACAUGCCGAUGGUCCGUCGCUCGUCUGCACUGAACAUGGGCAAGUUUGCCGCCACGGUGGAGCCGCAGUUCCUGAAGCUUGACAUUCUCAAAUUCUUUAAAGACCUUACGAAUGACGAUCAGGAUUCUGUGAGACUAUUGGCUGUCGAAGGAUGUGCUGCGGUCGGAAAGCUCCUGGAGAAGAAGGAUUGCAUUUCCAGCAUCCUUCCUGUGAUUCUGUCGUUUGCCCAGGACAAGUCGUGGCGAGUGCGCUAUAUGGUGGCGAACCAGCUUCACGAGCUUUGUGAGGCCGUUGGUCCCGAAGUGGCAAGGGCGGAGCUUGUCCCUGCGUAUGUGAAGCUUCUGAGGGACAAUGAGGCAGAGGUCCGCAUUGCGGCUGCUGGCAAAGUGACUAAGAUCUGUGCCAUUGUUAAGAAUGGCGAAGCGUUCAAUGUCAUUCUACCAUGUGUGAAGGAUCUUUCAACAGAUACUUCUCAACAUGUGCGGUCUGCCUUGGCAUCUGUCAUCAUGGGGAUGGCUCCGCUUCUUGGCAAGGAGCUCACCAUUGAAACUCUGCUACCAAUUUUCCUGGCUCUGCUAAAAGAUGAGUUCCCUGAUGUCCGGCUCAACAUAAUCAGCAAGCUGGAUCAAGUCAAUCAAGUCAUUGGAAUGGACCUCCUGUCACAGUCGCUUCUUCCAGCUAUUGUGGAAUUGUCAGAGGACAGGCACUGGCGAGUGCGACUUGCCAUCAUUGAGUACAUUCCUCUCUUGGCUGGCCAACUUGGAAUGGAGUUCUUUGAUGAGAAGUUAAAGUCGUUGUGCAUGCAAUGGCUUGAAGACCAAGUGUACUCAAUUCGUGAAGCAGCUGCGACAAACCUGAAACGUUUAGCUGAAGAGUUUGGUGCUGAAUGGGCCCAAUCUCAAAUCCUGCCAAUGAUCAUGGAUAAAGUGAACAACUCUCACUACCUGUAUCGAAUGACAGUCCUGCUUUCUCUCUCCAUGUUGGCCCCAGUUCUUGGUGCUGAAGCAACUUGCAAUACAAUGCUUCCUGUUAUCCUGAAUGCCGCCAAGGACCGUGUACCGAACAUCCGCUUUAACGUUGCCAAGAUGCUUCAGUCCUUCAUACCAAUUGUUGAGCCAUCCGUCGUUGAGCAAACCAUCCGACCUUGUCUAUUGGAGCUCAAUGAGGAUCCUGAUCCAGAUGUUCGUUACUUCGCUAACCAAGCUCUUCAGGCAUGUGAUCAAGUUAUGCUUAGAAUUGAGUUGGUGGAUCCUCUCACCCAGUCCGCUAUGCGUGGCUUGAUUGGUGGAAACGCUAGAGGGGAGCAUUCGAUUGGUCGGUUGCCUCAACACCUGCGUGUCCCCCUUGCGAGCUUCUUCCACAACGCGUUCUUCACCUUUGGUCUUGGUGCUGACCGCAAAGGCUCUCAGAGACUCUUUGCAGUGAAGUCCGCGACCCUUGAAGAUUGGUACAAACAGAUGCCCAUAAUAACCAGGUCUUACCUGACACUUUCGUUCUUGACAACCGCGGGUUGCGCACUCGAAGUCAUCUCGCCGUUUUCUGUAUAUUUCAACUCCAACCUGAUUUUUAAGAAGUUCCAGCUAUGGCGGCUAUUCACGAAUUUUUUCUUCUUUGGGAGUAUCGGCAUCGAUUUCGUUUUCCACAUGUUCUUCCUCUGUCGAUAUUGUAAACUGCUUGAGGAGACUUCUUUCCGCGGCCGCACCGCUGAUUUCUUCUUCAUGCUGCUCUUUGGCGGAGUCUUGUUAACAAUGGUUGCUCCCUUCGUAAACAUCCAGUUUCUCGGUUCAUCACUUACAUUUAUGAUGGUGUACGUAUGGGGUAGGCGCAACCCUAAUAUUCAAAUGAGCUUCCUUGGGUUGUUCAACUUCACAGCACCUUACCUACCUUGGGUCCUCUUGGGAUUUUCUGUUCUUCUGGGAAGUAGCCCUGUGGUAGAUCUUCUGGGAAUGGCGGCAGGACAUGUGUAUUACUUCUUGGUAGAUGUUUAUCCAAAGAUUUCUGGUCGCCAGCUGUUGAAAACUCCUGGCAUUCUGAAGGCCCUAUUUCCACCAGAUGAUGUGGUUGUUGCUUUUCCUCCAGAAGAGGCAGGGUUUGAUCAAGCAGCUGGUGUCAAUGGGCAGAUUUAG